AUGCCGGAGCUUCCCAAGCCUGAUUUCCGUGAUGUCUCGGUAUCGCCAGCGAGGCUUCUUACUGCAUGCGAUAGAUUUGGAGAGGGCGCUGAUGAAGUCAUCAAAGACUACGAACUGCCCUACACUUCUCUGCCUGGCUCCGCCCAGGAACAGUGGGCCCCCGAUGAAGACCUCGAAGAAGAAUCGGACUCGGAGAGCGAAGGCUAUGGCCUACCAACUGGUCUGGCCGGCGACUCCCAAAGUAGGCCUCGUACCUCAGAAAGGCCCUUUGUGCCCCGUCUCCAAAACUGGCGCAUGAACCUUACCGCCCUCUCACAAGUCUACAACCUCUAUUUCGCCGCCUACGGAAACAAGAUUUGGGUGUAUCGUCUUCCGGGUCCCGUAGCAACGGGCUUGAAGGGUGAUCCAGCUUUGAUAUUGUGCCCUUCACGGCGGUCCAAGUUCGCCGAACUGGUUGGAGGCCAUAUUGAUAGGGUACACUAUGACCAUGCUAAUCAUCUGAUUACUGGAUUUCUUGGCGACCUCGAAUUGGUUCUCAUGGCCUACGACGAUGGAGAUGUGAUAGCGUACUACACACGAGAGAUAGCGAGGUACAUCGCUCAGAAGACCACAAGCCUGGAAUCCUCCUCCUUGCCGCACCCGUUACCCUUCUUCCACGAGAACGUUGGCGCGUCGGCGUGGGGCCUUGCAAUUCACGCCAAGUCACGUUUGAUAGCCGUCAGCUCCAACAAGCAUGAGGUAACAGUCUUCGCUUUUGGUCUCAAUCGCUUGACCAACAGUUUCAGCAGCCUGGGACGCCCUGACAUGAAACGCGAGGAAGCCGCCGUGCUUCAGAGAAAGCGAAACUGGAGGAUACUCUUGCACCUCGGUCCGUCUGGGAACAAUAUACCGAGCAUAGACUUUGUCAGCAACGACGCCGGACAUGCCGAAUACGUAUGUGCUGUCGAUAUCUCCGAGCAGUUCUGGUUGUUGGAUAUCUGGCGGUCUUUCGCCCCUCCCACCUUACUUCGUCCCCGCGAUACUCACUGGACGCGUCGCGAAAGCUUUUGGGGGGUUCUCGCCUUAUCUGAUAGCAGCUUUUUAGAUGUCGGAACGGAAAACCCCCACGAAGGAUAUGAGGCUAGACUGCGUAACUGGCAAGUAGCAUUGGGAUUAUCCGCGUUAUGUCGCCCGUCUGGAAAGCCACCUCUCUAUUGGAUUGAUGUCAGCGCUUCCAUGAACCGCGUAUUUAGCAGCCUUUCAUUCGAUCCAGAGGGCGAUUACAGCCCAGCUGCUUAUCCCGUUCAAGAUAGAGCCGGGUUUAAUGGUGGGCCCCUCCCUGAUCUUGAGUUCUAUAAUUUCGCCCUAGCACAGAGUGAAGGCGAAUCCAGCGAAGAUCAAGAGGAUUUUGAAUAUGCCGAAGAGGACGAGGAUGAUGAAGAGGAUGACGAAGAGGAAGAGGAUGGCGAUGACGACGACGACGACGACAACGGCGACGACGAUGAUGAUGAUGAAGAGGGGGAAGAGGAUGGUGGGGAUGAGAUGGAUACCUGUGAGGAGGCAGACCACGGAGCCGAAGACAAGGAACACCAACAACAUCACCACAACUGGGAUGAAUACUUCGCGAGUAUCAUUGUGAAAGGGCAUACCCUGGACCAGCCCCUUGGAUCUGGCGAACCGAACUUUUUAGAAGUACUCGAUUUCCUAUCUACAGAGAUGGACCCCCCAGACUUUCCACCGAAACCGACCUACGCGGCACCGCUUCGAUCAAUUCCCCUCGCCUGCCUGCCGAAAGACGCACGAAUUUCUCGUGACGCUAGCGAACCGGUUCCGCGAAUGAGCAUGAUCUACAAGCCUCACCUCGGCCUCACCUACAAAGACCCGCAUUUCUUCCCCGAGAAGAUACGCUGGUUAAGGCGGAGGAAGGAGGUCAAUCUUCGCCGGCCGACGAAACGAAGCUCUGCCGCCAUCGCCGCCAUCGCUGAGUGCACGAGCUUUUUCGUCACUGCAAGAUCGGAUAUUCGGCUUAUGUCUACCGACACCGACUUCAUUGACCUCUAUUGCACCGAUCCCGCCCGCGUUCCAAAUCUGCCCGGCACCUAUUCCCAUAUCUACCGCGUCAACAUGGUACUUCACGUGCCCGAGUUGAAUCUCGUCGUGGCCGCAAAUCAGGCCGGGCGCGUGGCUCUCAUCAGUCUCAUUAAAUGCUCCUACGCGUACCCCAGGGCAAUGGGCGCCCGAAGUUUCCGAGUCGACAUGCUGCUCCCGACUAGGUAUGAGGAGGCGAAGCGGAAACUCCGUCCGAAGGUCCCCUUGUUCGGUGUUGCCAUCGGCCCUGUUCCAGAGGUGUACGAUAAGAGCUUACGCCUACGGUCUGUCCACCCAAGGCCACGAACUCCAGACCAGAGAGAGUACAGGUUGAUCUUGCAUUAUCGUGAUCAUACUAUCCUGACCUAUGUUAUCAGUCGCCCAUCACCAUACACCUUGCGUGUGGUUUAA